AUGGAUGAAGAAACACGUUUAAUACGUAGACUUUUAAAAGAAAAAGAUUAUUUAAAACAUGUUCGUCCAUCACAAACAGUCAUGGUUGAUAUACGUUUUGUUUUCAAUCAAAUUAUAUCAAUGGUUGAAAAAGAACAAAUUAUUGUUACUAAUUGUUUUGUUGAUCAAAAAUGGACAGAUCUUCGACUUAUUUGGAAUCCAUUAGAAUUUAAAAAUAUUACUUGGAUUCGAAUACCAGCAGUAUCUGUUUGGUAUCCAGAUACAUUUUUAUAUAAUACAGCUGAUAAUGCUGGUUUUCUUCUUCCACAAGAUUCACAAAAUGUAAUUGUAAGUUAUAACGGAACAAUAUUUUGGCCAUUACCAUUGGCACAAUUACGUACUCGAUGUCGAAUGACUAUUAAACAUUUUCCUUUCGAUGAACAAACAUGUGAUAUGAUAUUUGGUUCAUGGAGUCAUACAAGUUCAUUAAUACAUUAUAGAUUUUGGGAAAAAACUCCUGAAUUACCACAAUAUACACCAAAUAAUGAAUGGAAAUUAUUAGCUGUUGCACAAUCAAUGAAAACUGUUCAAUAUCCAAAUUGGGUUGAACCGGAUACAUUUUUUGAAAUUAAUUUUACAAUAUUAAUUGUACGAAAACCUUUACAAGCUAUUUAUAAUACAGUUGUACCUGCAUUAAUGUUAACAACUUUAACACUUGUAUCAUUUUUUAUUCCCUUUGCACAAGAAAUGCAAAUUGGUAUUAGUAUUAUGUUAGCUUAUUCUGUAUUUAGUUUACGUUUAUCAGAAGAUGUUCCAUCUCAAAGUGAUAGUGUACAUUUAAUAAGUUUCUAUUUAACUAUUUGCAUGUUCUUCUCAUUAUCAGCUAUGACUUGGUUUGCUAUAGCAAAUAAAUUACGUGAAAAAAAACGUUUACCUUAUUGGCUUCGUUGGUUAGCACUUGAUUAUAUUUGUUGGAUUGUAUGUGCAACAAGUAUGCAUCGAAAAGCCGUACGUACUGCUAAACAACAAUCAAAAACUCCGACAAUAACAACAACAUCAUCACCACCAGUUACAAUUGCAUUACAACCAUUGCUUACAACAAAUUCAAAUGAAUAUUCAAAUAAUUCAUAUUCUCAACGAAUUUCUUUACCAACUACAAUGUCAGACAAUAUAUCAAUUCCUUCACCAACAGAUAAUAUUCAAUGUACUAAUGAAACAAUGACUACACCAAAAAUAUGGAUACGACGAACAUUAUCUAAUAAUCAAUUAACAAUAUUAAAUGGACAUGAAAAUAGAAAAAAGAAUCAUGUAUCUAAAAAACUUCGUCAAUCACAUAAUCCAUCAGUAACAAAAAGUCAAGAAAGUUUAUAUGCUGUACAUAUUAUUAAUCGUUUAGUUUUUUUAAUGUUUCUUUUUAUUGUUAUCGUUAUUAAUAUUUAUACAUGGUUUAUUUAUUCACGAACUGUUCAAACAAAAUUAUUUGAUAAGGAAACAUUAUGGACAUGUUUUGAUGAAUCUCGCCUUGAAGUUGUCAAUUGUAAUGAAACAUUUUAA